AUGUCGGAUCCAAAGAUUUUCAAAGCUGAGAUAGUCUUUAUAAAGGACUCGGUGGAGGGAGGAGCAGGAAACAUGAUCCAAGCGGAGACAAAGCUUGAACCUCCUCUGGACUACAUGAACCUCUCUCAAACCUCGACUCCAGUCGGUGCUCAGUCUGAAAAUACACCGAAACACGUCGCCGACUGGACGGCUUCCAUGGAAACAGCUGUUGAUAAACAUGGGGGUAUUUCCCAAUGGCCGUGUCAGGGUACCUCUGGACGUACUGAGGUUAGCUCGGGUUUCUUUUCUAACACAGCAUCUGUGUAUGAAGACAGAAUAAGUCCCACAAACUCUGCAGACCUGUUCCCUACCCCGGCUUCAUCUAGAGAGUCCAUCCUCUCUGAGGGCUGGGACAAAGAGAAGAGCUGGUCUGCUGCUUCCCCUUGCUCCUCUGUCCGCUCUGGUGUCUUCUCCCCUGCUGUGAUUCAGGUCAAACAGCACUUUCUCGCUCCCGGCUCUAGUCUGGUUAACAUCCCUCAAACCUGUUUCUCAUCCUGUGAGAGCCUGUCCUCCUCUGUCUGUCCCCAGUACCCUCCUCCCCGGCACCGGCCUCCUCUUACCAGACUCUCCCUCCUCACGGCAAUCCUGAGAAAAGGUCGCCUUCCUGUUCUGUCCCCUUCUCUGCAGAGGCCCUACACGCCCUGCUGGCCUGUUAACCCUGUGACCCUGUCUUUCUGUAACGCCUGCUCAGCAGCCUCCAGUGUGGCCUCAAUUCCCCUGGAGUAUUCUUCCAGGUUCUCCUCAUCAGCAUCUAUAGAUAGUCAGAACCAUGUUCACAGGGAGCCCAGUAGAUGCAUCACUGCUCCUCCAACUGUGCGGCCAAAUGACCACAGCAGAACCUGUCCUGUGACAAGAUGCUCAGAUCAGAUUCACUCAAACAGUUUGCAGAGAGUGGAGCGGGUGAAGAGCUACAUACUACCCCGAGUUCCACUGCCUCUGCUUUGCUCAAAACUUUCACCAAACCAUGAAAAGGAAAUAUCUGAUUGUGCAACUUUCAAAAAAGUGCAACACUCUCACAUGUCAGUUUCCAAGCCAGAGUCCCCUGAGCUGAAGCCCAGCAACUCUCACAUGUACCUCAAGGGCCAUAUGGAUAAUAACUUUAAAAAACUCAUAUCGCCAUCCUCUAAACCUGUAAAUGACCAAGAGACCUCUGUGCCCCAGAAAGGGAGUCGCUCACCAAAUUCAUCUCUAUCAAAGCUUCACUGGCUUUCUCAACAGCUACGAUCACCCUCUCCCUGCCCUACUCCGCUUCGGCCUUCUAAAUCACGCUCCCUCACUCCCACAGUAUUCCCCGUGCGCACAGACACAGCAUCACCUCUCCCUCCUUUACAAAAUGCCACAGGCAGGUGUGAGUCAGAGAGGAGUCACUACGAUUCCCAGAGAAGUGACACAACGUCAUCACAGGCUUUUCACAAGGCUCACUGUCUGUCUCCUUCCCGCUACACACCCAUCACUUUUCCUGGAUGGUCGUCCCCCAUCACCACCCCCACACCUAUGUCCUCUCCAGCUUUGCCAUUCAGAGACUUCACCCCAUCCCCUUCUCUCUCCCUGCGCUCCACGCCCUCUCCAAGGCCGGGGGGUGGAAUAUCAGACUACAGUGACAGGGAGGGUAAAAAAAGAAAGCCACACAAGAUUAAGUUAAGCUACAAAUCCCUCGCUGCCAUUCCCACAAACACCCUUCUGUUGGAUCAGCAGGCGAUAGACGAGCAGGUGGAGAGAGAAGAGAGUCCGUGUGACCUACUGGACAGAGGUGUUGACACCCACGCUGAGAUGUGCUCACCCGCUCAGCUCCGGCAACAGUCAGAGGAACUUUAUGCGACUAUUGAUGAAAUAUUGGCAAAUUCCAUUCCAGCAAGCAAAUCAUCACCCCAGACCUCCAGAUCAUCGACACCUGCAGGUGUACAGAACCACUCAUCAUUUCCAAGAUCCUUGGGACGUGAAACCAAAUAUGCAUCUUUAUGCAGCUUGCAACCAUCUGCUGGCAUUGACAAAAAGCUGAUGGAUCAUAAAAAGACAAAGCCCGGGGUUAUUCGCCCGAUGACAGCCAUUCCAAGACUGAGAGUGGAAGAUGAAGAAGAGUUUCAUCCCAACCCCUUCAGG